CUGGCCAUGUUCUCGGAUGAGGAUUUCUGGAUCGCCCUGUGAAGAGGUCUCCCCGAGAGGGCCCUGCCCAGUCGGAGAGAGGGAUGGAUAGCCAGAAGCCGCCUGGUGAGGAUAAAGAUUCAGAACCGGCAGCUGAUGGACAUGCAGCCUCUGAGGAGUCAGGCGCCACUGAGGCAGACCUUCCCAACCCACAUGUGGUGGAGGUAUCUGUGCCCACUUCUGGGGGUCUCAGGCCUCAGGAACCUCCCCAGGACCGCAGUGGGGGUCCACUGCGGCGUUGUGCUCUCUGUAACUGCGGGGAGCCCAGUCUGCAUGGGCAGCGGGAGCUACGGCGCUUUGAGUUGCCAUUUGACUGGCCCCGGUGUCCAGUGGUGUCUCCUGGGGGGAGCUCAGGGCGCAAUGAGGCAGCACUGCCCAGUGAGGACCUAUCACAGAUUGGUUUCCCUGAGGGCCUGACACCUGCCCACCUAGGAGAACCUGGAGGGUCCUGCUGGGCUCACCAUUGGUGUGCUGUGUGGUCGGCCGGUGUAUGGGGGAAGGGGGGCCCAGAACUAUGUGGUGUGGACAAGGCCAUCUUCUCAGGGAUCUCACAGCGCUGCUCCCACUGCACCAGGCUUGGUGCCUCCAUCCCUUGUCGCUCACCCGGAUGUCCACGGCUUUACCACUUCCCCUGUGCGACUGCCAGCGGUUCCUUCCUAUCCAUGAAAACACUGCAGCUGCUAUGCCCGGAGCACAGUGAGGGUGCCGCGCAUCUGGAGGAGGCUCGUUGUGCAGUAUGUGAGGGACCGGGGGAAUUGUGUGACCUGUUCUUCUGUACCAGUUGUGGGCAUCACUAUCAUGGGGCCUGCCUGGACACUGCUCUGACUGCCCGCAAGCGUGCUGGCUGGCAGUGCCCUGAAUGCAAAGUGUGCCAAGCCUGCAGGAAACCUGGGAAUGACUCUAAGAUGUUGGUCUGUGAGACGUGUGACAAAGGAUACCAUACCUUCUGCCUAAAACCACCUAUGGAAGAACUGCCUGCUCACUCUUGGAAGUGCAAGGCAUGCCGGGUAUGCCGGUCCUGUGGGGCAGGCUCAGCAGAGCUGAAUCCCAACUCUGAGUGGUUCGAGAACUACUCACUCUGUUACCGCUGUCACAAAGCCCAGGGAGGACAGCCUAUCAGUUCUGUUGCUGAGCAGCGUUCUGCUGUCUGUAGCAGAUCCUCACCCCCAGAGCCUGGCGAUACCCCCACUGAUGAGCCCGAUGCUCUGUACGUUGCAUGCCAAGGGCAGCCAAAGGGUGGGCACGUGACCUCUAUGCAACCCAAGGAACCGGGGCCCCUGCAAUGUGAAGCCAAACCACUAGGGAGAGCAGGGGCCCAACUUGAGCCACAGUUGGAGGCCCCCCUAAAUGAGGAGAUGCCACUGCUGCCCCCACCUGAGGAGUCGCCCCUGUCCCCACCACCUGAGGAAUCACCCACAUCCCCGCCGCCUGAGGCAUCUCGUCUAUCCCCACCGCCUGAGGAAUCACCCCUCUCUCCACCGCCUGAGGAGUCUCCUCUGUCUCCCCCGCCUGAAUCAUCACCUUUUUCUCCACUGGAAGAGUCACCCUUUUCUCCACCAGGGGAGUCACCCCCAUCUCCUCCACUUGAGACACCCCUGUCCCCACCACCUGAAGCAUCACCCCUGAACCCACCAUUUGAGGAGUCUCCCCUGUCCCCACCACCCGAGGAAUUACCCACUUCCCCACCACCUGAAGCAUCUCGCCUGUCUCCACCACCUGAGGAGUCACCCAUGUCUCCUCCACCUGAAGAGUCACCCAUGUCUCCUCCACCUGAGGCAUCGCGUAUGUUCCCACCAUUUGAAGAAUCACCCCUGUCCCCCCCACCAGAGGAGUCUCCCCUUUCCCCACCACCUGAGGCUUCACGCCUUUCCCCACCACCUGAGGAUUCACCCAUGUCCCCACCACCUGAAGACUCGCCUAUGUCCCCCCCACCUGAGGUAUCAUGCCUAUCUCUCCUGCCUGAAGUGUCACGCCUGUCCCCACCGCCUGAGGAAUCUCCCCUGUCCCCACCACCUGAGGAGUCUCCCACAUCCCCGCCACCCGAGGCUUCACGUGUAUCCCCACCACCUGAGGAUUCACCCACAUCACCACCACCUGAAGACUCCCCUGCGUCCCCGCCACCGGAGGACUUGCUUGUGUCCCUACCACUGGAGGAGUCACCCCUGUCGCCAUUGCCUGAGGAGCUGCAAUUCUGCCCCCGACUUGAGCCGCGCCUGUCCCCCAAGCCUGAGGAGCCGCGCCUGUCCCCCCGGCCUGAGGAGCCGCGCCUGUCCCCCCGGCCUGAGGAGCCGCGCCUGUCCCCCCGGCCUGAGGAGCCGUGCCUGUCCCCCCGGCCUGAGGAACCAUGCCUGUCCCCCCAGCCAGAGGAACCAUGCCUGUCUCCCCAGCCAGAGGAACCACGCCUGUCCCCCCAGCCUGAGGAGCCACACCUAUCCCCCAUGCCUGAGGAGCCACAGCCAUCUCCUGUGCCUGAGGAGUUGCGCCUGUCCCCCCGGCCUGAGGAGCUAUGCCUGUCCCCCAUGCCUGAGGAGCCACACCUGUCUCCCCACCCUAAGGAGCCAUGCCUGUCCCCUCAACCUGAAGAGCCCCUUGGGGAGCCAGGCCUAUGCUCUGCACCUGAGGAAUUGCCCUUGUUCCUCCCACCUGGGAAGCCACCCUUAUCCCCCUUGCUUGGAGAGCCGGCUCUGUCUGAGCCUGGGGAGCCACCUCUGUCCCCUCUGCCUGAGGAGCUGCCGUUGUCCCCAUCUAGGGAGCCAUCCAUGUCACCUCAGCUGAUGCCACCAGAUCCACUUCCUCCUCCGCUCUCACCCAUUAUCACAGCUGUGGCCCCACCAGCCCUCUCUCCUUUGGGGGAGUUAGAGUACCCCUUUGGUGCCAAAGGGGACAGUGACCCUGAGUCACCAUUGGCUGCCCCCAUCCUAGAGACACCCAUUAGCCCUCCACCAGAAGCUAACUGCACUGACCCCGAACCUGUACCCCCUAUGAUCCUUCCCCCAUCUCCAGGCUCCCCAAUGGGACUGGCAUCUCCCAUCCUGAUGGAGCCCCUUCCCCCUCGGUGUUCUCCACUCCUCCAGCAUCCCCUACCUCCCCAGAACUCCCCUCCUUCCCAGUGCUCUCCUCCUGCUCUGCCACUGUCCAUUCCCUCCCCACUGAGUCCCAUAGAGAAGGCAAUGGAGGUCUCACAUGAGGCUGAGCCGCCUGAGAUGGAGAUUGAGAAAGCCCCAGAACCUGAAUGCCCAGCCUUGGAGCCUAGCCCUACUAGUCCUCUCCCUUCCCCCAUGGGGAACCUUUCCUGCCCUGCACCCAGCCCUGCCCCACCCCUAGAAGACUUCUCUGGCCUGGGGGAAGACACAGCCCCUCUGGAUGGGACUGACACUCCUGAUUCCCAGCCAGAGGCUGGACAGACCCCUGGCAGUUUGGCUAGUGAACUUAAGGGUUCCCCUGUGCUCCUGGACCCCGAGGAGCUGGCCCCUGUGACCCCUAUGGAGGUCUAUGGCCCAGAGUGCAAGCAGACAGGGCAGGGCUCACCCUGUGAAGAGCAAGAGGAGCCACAUGCACCAGUGGCCCCUACCCCACCUGUUCUCAUCAAAUCCGACAUCGUUAAUGAGAUCUCCAAUCUGAGCCAGGGCGAUGCCAGUGCCAGUUUUCCUGGCUCAGAGCCCCUGCUGGGCUCUCCUGACCCCGAGGGGGGCGGCUCCUUGUCUAUGGAGUUGGGGGUAUCUACAGAUGUUAGUCCAGCUCGAGAUGAAGGCUCCCUUCGGCUCUGUACUGACUCUCUGCCAGAGACUGAUGACUCGCUGUUGUGUGAUAAUGGGACAGCUGUCAGUGGAGGCAAAGCCGAAGGGGACAAGGGGAAGCGGCGCAGCUCCCCAGCUCGUUCCCGCAUCAAACAGGGUCGCAGCAGUAGUUUCCCAGGAAGACGCCGGCCACGUGGAGGAGCACAUGGAGGACGUGGGAGAGGACGGGCCCGGCUAAAAUCAACCACUUCUUCCAUUGAGACUCUGGUAGUUGCUGAUAUCGAUAGCUCUCCCAGCAAGGAGGAAGAAGAUGAUGAUGACGACACCAUGCAAAAUACUGUGGUUCUCUUCUCCAAUACAGACAAGUUUGUCCUAAUGCAGGACAUGUGUGUAGUAUGUGGCAGCUUUGGCCGGGGAGCAGAGGGCCACCUCCUUGCCUGUUCUCAGUGUUCGCAGUGCUAUCACCCAUACUGUGUCAACAGCAAGAUCACCAAGGUGAUGCUGUUAAAGGGCUGGCGUUGUGUGGAGUGCAUCGUGUGUGAGGUAUGCGGCCAGGCCUCAGACCCCUCACGCCUGCUGCUCUGUGAUGACUGUGACAUUAGCUACCACACCUACUGCCUGGACCCCCCACUGCUCACCGUGCCCAAGGGCGGCUGGAAGUGCAAGUGGUGUGUGUCUUGUAUGCAGUGUGGGGCCGCCUCCCCUGGCUUCCACUGUGAAUGGCAGAACAGUUACACACACUGCGGGCCCUGUGCCAGCCUAGUGACCUGCCCUAUCUGUCAUGCCCCAUAUGUGGAAGAGGACCUUCUGAUCCAGUGCCGCCAUUGUGAACGGUGGAUGCAUGCCGGCUGCGAGAGCCUCUUCACAGAGGAUGAUGUGGAGCAGGCAGCUGAUGAGGGCUUUGACUGUGUCUCCUGCCAGCCUUACAUAAUUAAGCCUGCUGCACCUGUUGCGCCUCCAGAGUUGGUGCCUAUGAAGGUGAAAGAGCCAGAGCCCCAGUACUUUCGCUUCGAGGGUGUGUGGCUGACAGAAACUGGCAUGGCUGUGCUGCGUAACCUUACCAUGUCACCCCUACACAAGCGGCGCCAGCGGCGAGGACGGCUUGGCCUCCCAGGUGAGGCUGGGCUGGAAGGUUCCGAGCCCUCAGAUGCCCUUGGCCCUGAUGACAAGAAGGAUGGGGACUUAGACACCGAAGAGCUGCUCAAGGGUGAAGGUGGUGUGGAGCACAUGGAGUGUGAAAUUAAACUGGAGGGCCCCAUCAGCCCUGACGUAGAGCCUGGCAAGGAGGAGACUGAGGAGAGCAAAAAACGCAAACGCAAACCCUAUCGUCCUGGCAUUGGUGGUUUCAUGGUGCGACAGCGGAAAUCCCACACACGUGUGAAAAAGGGGCCUGCUGCACAGGCGGAGGUGUUGAGUGGGGAUGGGCAGCCCGACGAGGUGAUGCCGGCUGACCUGCCUGCAGAGGGCUCUGUGGAACAGAGCCCAGCAGAUGCAGAAGAAAAGAAGAAGCAGCAGCGGCGAGGGCGCAAGAAGAGCAAACUAGAGGACAUGUUUCCUGCUUACCUGCAGGAGGCCUUCUUUGGGAAGGAGCUGUUGGACUUGAGCCGGAAGGCCCUUUUUGCAGUUGGGGUGGGCCGGCCAAGCUUUGCGCUAGGAACCCCAAAAGCCAAGGGGGAUGGAGGCUCAGAUAGGAAGGAGCUCCCCACCUUACAGAAAGGAGAUGACGGUACAGAGGUUGCAGAUGAAGAAUCCCGUGGUGCUGAGGGCAAGGCUGAUACACCAGGACCUGAGGAUGGGGGCGUAAAAGCAUCCCCAGUGCCCAGUGACCCCGAGAAGCCAGGAACCCCGGGAGAAGGGAUGCUUAGCUCUGACUUAGACAGGAUUCCUACAGAAGAACUGCCCAAGAUAGAAUCCAAGGACCUGCAGCAGCUCUUCAAGGACGUUCUGGGUUCUGAACGAGAGCAGCAUCUGGGUUGUGGAACCCCUGGCCUAGAUGGCAGCCGUACACCGCUGCAGAGGCCCUUUCUUCAAGGUGGACUCCCUUUGGGCAAUCUCCCCUCCAGCAGCCCAAUGGACUCCUAUCCAGGCCUCUGCCAAUCCCCAUUCUUGGAUUCUAGCCCGGAACCAGGUGAACCAGACAGUCCCUGGACAGGCUCAGGGGGCACCACGCCCUCCACCCCCACCACCCCCACCACGGAGGGUGAGGGCGACGGGCUUUCCUAUAACCAGCGGAGCCUUCAGCGCUGGGAGAAGGAUGAGGAGUUGGGCCAACUCUCCACUAUCUCGCCUGUGCUGUAUGCCAACAUUAACUUUCCCAAUCUCAAGCAAGAUUACCCAGACUGGUCUAGCCGUUGCAAACAAAUCAUGAAGCUCUGGAGAAAAGUUCCAGCCGCUGAUAAAGCCCCCUAUCUGCAAAAGGCCAAAGAUAACCGGGCGGCUCACCGCAUCAACAAGGUGCAAAAGCAGGCUGAGAGCCAGAUCAACAAGCAGACCAAGGUGGGCGACAUGGCCCGUAAGACUGACCGACCGGCCCUACAUCUCCGCAUUCCCCCCCAGCCAGGGGCACUGGGCAGUCCGCCCCCCGCUGCGGCCCCCACCAUUUUCAUUGGCAGCCCCACUACCGCCGCCGGCUUGUCUACCUCUGCGGACGGGUUCCUGAAGCCGCCGGCGGGCACGGUGCCUGGCCCCGACUCGCCCGGUGAGCUCUUCCUCAAGCUCCCACCCCAGGUGCCCGCCCAAGUGCCUUCGCAGGACCCCUUUGGACUGGCCCCUGCUUACGCUCUGGAGCCCCGCUUCCCCACGGCACCAUCUACCUAUCCUCCCUAUCCUAGUCCGACUGGGGCUCCUGUGCAGCCCCCGACGCUGGGCACCUCAUCUCGUCCUGGGACUGGCCAGCCAGGGGAAUUCCACACUACCCCACCUGGCACCCCCCGACACCAGCCCUCCACACCUGACCCCUUCCUCAAACCCCGCUGCCCCUCAUUGGACAACCUGGCUGUGCCUGAGAGCCCAGGGGUAGGGAGUGGCAAGGCUUCCGAGCCCCUGCUGUCACCCCCGCCUUUUGGGGAGUCUCGGAAAGCCCUGGAGGUGAAGAAGGAAGAGCUUGGGGCAUCCUCUCCUAGCUAUGGGCCUCCAAACCUGGGCUUUGUUGACUCACCCUCAGGCCCCCACCUGGGCAGCCUGGAGUUAAAGGCACCUGAUGUCUUCAAAGCCCCCCUGACCCCUCGGGCAUCUCAGGUAGAGCCCCAGAGCCCGGGCUUGGGUCUAAGGCCCCAGGAGCCAUCCCCUGCCCAGGCUUUGGCCCCUUCUCCCCCCAGCCACUCAGAUAUCUUUCGCCCUGGCCCCUACCCUGACCCUUAUGCUCAGCCCCCAUUGACCCCUCGACCCCAGCCCCCAGCCCCUGAGAGCUGCUGUGCCCUACCCCCUCGAUCACUGCCCUCUGACCCUUUCUCCCGAGUGCCCGCUAGUCCCCAGUCCCAAUCCAGCUCCCAGUCCCCAUUGACACCCCGUCCUUUGUCUGCUGAGGCUUUUUGUCCAUCUCCUGUGACCCCUCGCUUCCAGUCCCCUGACCCUUAUUCCCGCCCACCCUCUCGCCCUCAGUCCCGGGACCCAUUUGCCCCAUUGCAUAAGCCACCCCGACCCCAGCCCCCUGAAGUUGCCUUUAAGUCUGGGCCUCUAGCCCACACUCCACUGGGGGCUGGGGGCUUUCCAGCAGCCCUGCCCUCAGGGCCAGCAGGUGAGCUCCAUGCCAAGGUCCCAAGUGGGCAGCCCCCAAAUUUCGCCCGAUCCCCUGGGACGGGUGCAUUUGUGGGCACGCCCUCUCCCAUGCGUUUCACUUUCCCUCAGGCAGUAGGGGAGCCCUCUUCCCUAAAGCCCCCUGUCCCUCAGCCUGGUCUCCCUCCACCCCAUGGGAUCAACAGCCAUUUUGGGCCUGGCCCUACUUUGGGCAAGCCUCAAAGCACAAACUACUCAGUAGCCACAGGGAACUUCCACCCAUCGGGUAGCCCUCUGGGACCCAGCAGCGGGUCCACAGGAGAGGGCUAUGGGCUGUCCCCGCUACGCCCCCAAUCAGUCCUACCACCACCUGCGCCCGAUGGAUCCCUCCCCUACCCGCCCCAUGGAGCCUCACAGCGGGCUGGCAUCACCUCUCCAGUCGAUAAGCGAGAAGACCCAGGAGCUGGAAUGGCCGGCUCUUUGGCAGCACCUGAACUUCCAGGUACCCAGGACCCAGGUAUCUCCAGCCUCAGCCAGACAGAGCUGGAGAAGCAACGGCAGCGCCAGCGACUGCGAGAGCUGCUGAUUCGGCAACAGAUCCAGCGCAAUACCCUGCGGCAGGAGAAGGAAACAGCUGCAGCAGCUGCAGGAGCAGUGGGGCCUCCAGGGAGCUGGGGUGCUGAUCCCAGCAACCCUGCCUUUGAGCAGCUGAGUCGAGGCCAGACCCCCUUUGCUGGGACCCAGGAUAAGAGUAGCCUUGGGCUGCCCUCAAACAAGCUGGGUGGCCCCAUCCUAGGGCCAGGGGCUUUCCCAAGUGAUGACCGACUCUCCCGGCCACCUCCACCAGCCACCCCUUCCUCUAUGGAUGUGAAUAGCCGGCAACUGGUGGGAGGCUCCCAAGCCUUCUAUCAGCGAGCACCCUAUCCUGGGUCCCUGCCCUUACAGCAGCAACAGCAACACCUCUGGCAGCAGCAGCAGCAGCAGCAAGCAACAGCAGCAAACUCCAUGAGACUUGCCAUGUCUACUCGCUUUUCAUCAACUCCUGGGCCUGAACUUGGCCGCCAAAACCUAGGUUCCCCCUUGGCAGGACUUCCCACUCGCCUGCCUGGCCCUGGUGAGCCAGUGCCUGGUCCAGCUGGUCCUGCCCAGUUCAUUGAGUUGCGGCACAAUGUACAAAAAGGACUAGGACCUGGGGGGCCUCCAUUUCCUGGUCAGGGUCCCCCUCAGAGACCCCGUUUUUACCCUAUAAGUGAGGACUCGCACCGAUUGGCUCCUGAAGGGCUUCGUGGUCUAACGGUAUCAGGCCUUCCCCCACAGAAACCCUCAACCCCGCUGGCCCCUGAACUGAACAACAGCCUCCAUCCAGCGCCCAACACCAAGGGUCCCACCCUGCCCCCUGGCUUGGAGCUGGUCAGCCGGCCCCCAUCGAGCACUGAGCUUGGCCGCCCCCCUCCUCUGGCCUUGGAAGCUGGAAAAUUACCCUGUGAGGACCCUGAGCUGGAUGAUGACUUUGAUGCCCACAAGGCCCUGGAGGAUGAUGAGGAACUUGCUCACUUGGGCCUGGGUGUGGAUGUGGCCAAGGGAGAUGAUGAGCUGGGCACCCUGGAAAACCUGGAGACCAACGAUCCCCACCUAGAUGACCUGCUCAAUGGAGAUGAGUUUGACCUACUGGCCUAUACUGACCCUGAGUUGGACACUGGAGACAAGAAGGACAUCUUCAAUGAGCACCUGAGGCUGGUGGAGUCAGCCAAUGAAAAGGCUGAGCGGGAGGCCCUGUUGCGGGGGGUGGAGCCAGGACCCCUGGGCCCUGAGGAACGCCCUCCCCCUGCUGCUGGUGCUUCUGAGCCCCGUCUGGCACCAGUGCUCCCUGAGGUGAAGCCCAAGGUGGAGGAGGGUGGACGCCACCCUUCCCCUUGCCAGUUCACCAUCACCAACCCCAAGGUAGAGCCAGCACCUGCCACCACUUCCCUAGGCCUGGGACUGAAGCCAGGACAGAGUGUGAUGGGCAGCCGGGACACACGGUUGGGCACAGGACCCUUUUCCAGCAGUGGGCACACUGGAGCCACAGGAGGGCCACCAGCUCACCUGCUGACCCCUAACCCACUGAGUGGCCCAGGAGGGUCCUCUCUGCUGGAGAAGUUUGAAUUAGAGAGUGGAGCCCUGACCUUGCCUGGUGGACAUGCAGCAUCUGGGGAUGAGUUGGACAAGAUGGAGAGCUCCCUGGUCGCCAGCGAGUUACCGCUGCUUAUUGAAGACCUGCUGGAGCAUGAGAAGAAAGAGCUGCAGAAGAAACAGCAGCUCUCAGCACAGCUGCAGCCAGCCCAGCAGCAACAGCAGCAUUCUCUACUGUCCACACCAGGCCCUGCCCAGACCAUGUCUUUGCCACAUGAGGGCUCUUCUUCCACUUUGGCUGGGCCCCAACAACAGCUUGCCCUGGGACUUGGAGGUUCACGACAGCCAGGCUUGGCCCAACCAUUGAUGCCCACCCAGCCACCAGCUCAUGCCCUUCAGCAGCGCCUGGCCCCAUCCAUGGCCAUGGUGUCCAACCAAGGGCAUAUGAUAAGUGGGCAGCAUGGGGGGCAGGCAGGCUUGGUGUCCCAGCAGAGUCCACAGCCAGUGCUGGCACAGAAGCCCAUGGGUACCAUGCCACCCUCCAUGUGCAUGAAACCCCAACAGCUGGCGAUGCAGCAGCAGCUGGCUAACAGCUUCUUCCCAGAUACAGACCUGGACAAAUUUGCUGCAGAAGAUAUCAUUGAUCCCAUUGCAAAGGCCAAGAUGGUAGCUUUGAAAGGCAUCAAGAAGGUGAUGGCUCAGGGUAGCAUUGGAGUGGCACCUGGUAUGAACAGGCAGCAAGUGUCCUUGCUAGCCCAGAGGCUCUCAGGGGGGACUGGCAGUGAUCUGCAGAACCACGUAGCAGCUGGGAGUGGCCAGGAGAGGAAUGCUGGUGACCCCUCCCAGGCUCGUCCCAAUCCACCUACUUUUGCCCAGGGAGUGAUCAAUGAGGCUGACCAGCGGCAGUAUGAAGAGUGGCUGUUCCAUACCCAACAGCUCCUACAGAUGCAGCUGAAGGUACUAGAGGAACAGAUUGGUGUGCACCGCAAAUCCCGGAAGGCUCUGUGUGCCAAACAGCGUACUGCCAAAAAGGCUGGCCGGGAGUUCCCAGAGGCUGAUGCUGAGAAGCUCAAGUUGGUUACAGAGCAGCAGAGCAAGAUCCAAAAACAGCUGGAUCAGGUCCGGAAGCAACAGAAGGAGCACACAAAUCUCAUGGCAGAAUAUCGGAAUAAGCAACAGCAGCAGCAGCAACAGCAGCAGCAGCAGCAGCAACAGCAGCAGCAGCAGCAACAACACUCAGCGGUGCUGGCCCUUAGCCCUUCCCAGAGUCCUCGGCUACUCACCAAGCUCCCUGGUCAGCUGCUCCCUGGCCAUGCGCUACAGCCACCACAGGGGCCCCCUGGUGGGCAAGCUGCUGGACUUCGUCUGCCCCCAGGGGGCAUGGCACUCCCUGGACAGCCUGGUGGCCCCUUCCUCAACACAACCUUGGCCCAACAACAACAACAACAACAUUCUGGCGGGGCUGGAGCCCUGGCUGGCCCCUCAGGGGGCUUUUUUCCUGGCAAUCUUGCUCUUCGAGGCUUGGGACCUGAUUCGAGGCUUUUGCAGGAAAGGCAGCUACAGCUACAGCAGCAACGCAUGCAGCUUGCCCAGAAACUGCAACAGCAGCAGCAGCAGCACCUCCUAGGGCAGGUGGCAAUCCAGCAGCAACAGCAGCAGGGACCUGGGAUACAGGCAAACCAGGCUCUGGGUCCCAAGCCCCAAGGGCUUCUGCCUUCCAGCAGCCAUCAGGGCCUCUUGGUCCAGCAGCUGUCCCCUCAACCACCCCAGGGGCCCCAGGGCAUGCUGGGCCCUGCCCAGGUGGCAGUGUUGCAGCAGCAGCAACCGCACCCUGGAGCUUUGGGCCCUCAGGGUCCUCACAGACAGGUGCUUCUGACCCAGUCCCGGGUGCCAAGUUCACCUCAGCUGGCACCGCAAAGUCAGGGCCUUAUGGGACACCGACUGGUCACAGCCCAGCAGCAGCAGCAGCAGCAGCAGCAGCAGCAGCAGGGACCCAUGGCAGGGCUUUCUCAUCUUCAGCAGGGUCUGAUGCCACAUAGUGGGCAGCCCAAGCUUAGCACUCAGCCAAUGGCCUCCUUACAGCAACAGCAGCUACAGCAGCAGCAGCAACAGCAGCUACAGCUACAGCAGCAGCAGCAGCUACAGCAGCAACAGCAGCUACAACAGCAACAGCAGCUUCAACAGCAACAGCAGCUACAACAGCAACAGCAGCUUCAACAGCAGCAGCAACAGCUACAACAGCAGCAGCUACAACAGCAGCAGCUUCAACAGCAGCAGCAGCUACAGCAGCAGCAACAGCUUCAACAGCAGCAACAGCUACAACAGCAGCAGCAGCUUCAACAGCAGCAACAACAGCUACAACAGCAGCAGCAGCUACAACAGCAACAGCAGCAGCAGCUACAACAGCAACAGCAGCUUCAGCAGCAGCAGCAGCAGCAGCAGCAGCAGCAGCAGCAGAUAGGCCUCUUAAACCAGAGUCGAACUUUACUGUCUCCUCAGCAACAGCAGCAGCAAGUGACUCUUGGUCCUGGAAUGCCAGCCAAGCCUCUGCAACAACACUUUUCUAGCCCCGGAGCCUUGGGCCCAACCCUCCUCCUAACGGGCAAGGAACAAAGCAUUGUAGAGACCACUCUUCCUCCAGAGGCCACUGAGGGACCCUCCACACAUCAGGGAGGUGUAGCAAUAGGGACUGUACCUGAGGCAGUGCCCACUGAACCAGGGGAAGUAAAGCCCUCACUCUCUGGGGACUCACAACUCCUGCUUGUCCAACCCCAGGCCCAGCCUCAGCCCAACUCUGUGCCACUGCAGCCACCUCUGAGGCUCCAAGGACAGCAGCAGCAGCAAGUUAACUUGCUCCACACAGCAGGUGUGGGCAGCCAUGGGCAAUCAAACAGUGGAUCAUCUUCAGAGGCCUCUUCUGUGCCACACCUGCUGGCCCAAUCCUCUGUUUCCUUAGGGGAGCAGCCUGGGCCCAUAACUCAGAACCUUCUGGGCUCCCAACAGCACCAUGGACUAGAGCGGCCCUUGCAAAAUAAUGCAGGGCCACAGUCUGCCAAACCAGGAUCUGUUCCCCAGUCUGGGCAGGGCCUGCCUGGGGCUGGAGUCAUGCCUACAGUGGGUCAGUUUCGAGCACAGCUCCAAGGAGUUUUGGCCAAAAACCCACAGUUGCGGCACUUGAGCCCUCAGCAGCAGCAGCAGCUGCAGGCGCUCCUCAUGCAGCGGCAGCUACAGCAGAGUCAGGGCAUACGCCAGGCCCCACCCUAUCAGGAGCCUGGAACCCAGCCCUCUCCCCUCCAGGGCCUCCUAGGCCGCCAGCCCCAACUUGGGGGCUUCCCUGGAUCCCAGACAGGGCCUCUCCAGGAGCUAGGGGCAGGACUUCGACCUCAGGGCCCACCCCGGCUCCCUGCCCCACAAGGAGCCUUAUCAACUGGACCAGUCCUUGGUCCUGUUCAUCCCACACCUCCACCAUCUAGCCCACAAGAGCCAAAGAGACCUUCUUCACAAUUACCAUCCCCUAGUUCCCAGCUCCCCUCUGAGGCCCAGCUCCCUCCCACACAGCCAGGGACCCCCAAACCCCAAGGGCUGCCCUUGGAGUUGCCUCCUGGGAAGAUCUCACCUGCUGCUGCCCAGCUUGCAGAUACCUUAUUUGGCAAGGGGCUGGGACCUUGGGAUCCCCCAGACAACCCAGCAGAAGCCCAGAAGCCGGAGCAGAGCAGCCUGGUACCUGGGCAUCCAGAGCAGGUGAAUGGGCAGGCGGUGCCCGAACCAUCCUAUCUCAGCAUCAAGCAGGAGCCUCGGGAAGAGCCAUGUGCCCUGGGAACCCAGGUGGUGAAGAGGGAGGCCAAUGGGGAGCCAAUAGGGACACCAGGUACCAGCAACCACCUCCUGCUGGCAGGCCCCCGCUCAGAGGCCGGGCAUCUGCUCUUGCAGAAGCUUCUACGUGCAAAGAAUGUGCAACUCAGCACUGGGCGGGGGCCCGAGGGGCUGCGAACAGAGAUCAACGGGCACAUUGACAGCAAGUUGGCUGGGCUGGAGCAGAAACUACAGGGUACCCCCAGCAAUAAGGAGGAUACAGCAGCCAGGAAACCUUUGACACCGAAGCCCAAGCGGGUACAGAAGGCAAGCGACAGGUUGGUGAGCUCCCGAAAGAAGCUGCGGAAGGAGGACGGGGUCAGGGCCAGCGAGGCCUUGCUGAAACAGCUAAAACAGGAGCUGUCCCUGCUGCCCCUAACGGAGCCUACCAUCACCGCCAAUUUUAGCCUCUUUGCUCCCUUUGGCAGUAGCUGCCCAAUCAAUGGGCAGUGCCAGCUGAGGGGGACCUUUGGAAGUGGGGCACUGCCCACUGGCCCUGACUACUAUUCCCAGCUGCUUACCAAGAAUAACCUGAGUAACCCGCCGACACCACCCUCGUCGCUGCCCCCCACCCCACCCCCAUCGGUGCAGCAGAAGAUGGUGAAUGGCGUCACUCCAUCUGAAGAGCUGGGGGAGCACCCCAAGGAUGCCGCCUCUGCCCGGGAUACUGAAGGAACAUUGAGGGAUACUUCAGAGGUGAAGAGUCUAGAUCUGCUGGCUGCCUUGCCUACACCCCCUCACAAUCAGACCGAGGAUGUCAGGAUGGAGAGUGAUGAGGACAGCGAUUCUCCUGACAGCAUUGUGCCAGCUUCAUCCCCCGAGAGCAUCCUGGGGGAGGAGGCACCUCGUUUCCCUCAGCUGGGCUCAGGGCAGUGGGAGCAGGAAGACCGGGCUCUCUCCCCUGUCAUCCCCAUCAUUCCUCGGGCCAGCAUUCCAGUCUUCCCAGAUACCAAACCUUAUGGGGCUCUAGGCCUGGAGGCCCCUGGAAAGCUGCCUGCCACAACUUGGGAAAAGGGCAAAGGAAGUGAGGUGUCAGUCAUGCUGACGGUCUCUGCUGCUGCAGCCAAGAACCUGAAUGGUGUGAUGGUGGCAGUGGCAGAGCUGUUAAGCAUGAAGAUCCCCAACUCCUAUGAGGUGCUGUUCCCAGAGAGCCCUGCCCGGGCAGGCAUUGAGCCUAAGAAGGGGGAAGCUGAGGGCCCUGGUGGGAAAGAAAAGGGUCUGGGAGGCAAGAGCCCAGAAGCUGGCCCUGACUGGCUGAAGCAAUUUGAUGCCGUGUUGCCUGGCUAUACUCUCAAGAGCCAGCUAGACAUCUUGAGCCUCCUGAAACAGGAGAGCCCUAUCCCAGAGCCACCCACCCAACACAGCUACACCUACAAUGUCUCCAAUCUGGACGUUCGACAGCUCUCCGCCCCACCUCCUGAAGAACCCUCCCCACCCCCAUCCCCCUUGGCACCCUCUCCUGCCAGCCCCCCUGCUGAACCCCUGGUCGAGCUCCCAGCUGAACCCUCAGUUGAGCCACCUGUCCCGUCGCCUCUGCCCCUGGCCUCCUCCCCUGAGUCCACCCGGCCCAAGCCCCGAGCCCGGCCCCCUGAAGAAGGUGAAGAUUGCCGGCCCCCUCGGCUCAAGAAGUGGAAAGGGGUGCGCUGGAAGCGUCUGCGGCUGCUCCUGACCAUCCAGAAGGGCAGUGGGCAGCAAGAGGAUGAGCGGGAAGUGGCAGAGUUUAUGGAACAACUUGGCACAGCCCUGCGACCUGACAAGGUGCCUCGAGACAUGCGGCGCUGCUGCUUCUGUCAUGAGGAGGGUGAUGGGGCCACUGAUGGGCCUGCCCGUUUGCUGAACCUGGACCUGGACCUGUGGGUGCACCUCAACUGUGCCCUGUGGUCCACGGAGGUCUAUGAGACCCAGGGUGGGGCGCUGAUGAACGUGGAAGUGGCCCUCCACCGAGGACUGCUAACCAAGUGCUCCUUGUGCCAGCGCACCGGUGCCACCAGCAGCUGCAAUCGCAUGCGUUGUCCCAACGUCUACCAUUUUGCCUGCGCCAUCCGCGCCAAGUGCAUGUUCUUCAAGGACAAGACCAUGCUGUGUCCAAUGCAUAAGAUCAAAGGGCCCUGUGAGCAAGAGCUGAGCUCUUUUGCUGUCUUCCGGCGGGUCUACAUUGAGCGGGAUGAGGUGAAGCAAAUCGCUAGCAUCAUCCAGCGGGGAGAGCGGCUGCACAUGUUCCGGGUAGGGGGCCUUGUGUUCCAUGCCAUUGGACAGCUGCUCCCUCAUCAGAUGGCCGACUUCCACAGUGCCACUGCCCUUUAUCCCGUUGGCUACGAAGCCACACGCAUCUACUGGAGCCUUCGCACCAACAACCGCCGCUGCUGCUACCGCUGCUCUAUUGGUGAGAACAACGGUCGGCCGGAGUUCAUAAUCAAAGUCAUGGAGCAGGGCCUGGAGGACCUGGUCUUCACUGACGCCUCUCCCCAGGCUGUGUGGAAUCGCAUCAUUGAGCCUGUGGCUGCCAUGAGAAAAGAGGCCGACAUGCUGAGGCUCUUCCCUGAGUACCUGAAAGGCGAGGAACUCUUUGGGCUGACGGUGCAUGCUGUGCUGCGCAUAGCUGAAUCACUGCCUGGAGUGGAGAGCUGUCAAAACUAUUUAUUCCGCUAUGGACGCCACCCCCUAAUGGAGCUACCACUCAUGAUCAACCCCACUGGUUGUGCCCGAUCAGAGCCUAAAAUCCUCACACACUACAAACGGCCCCACACCCUGAACAGCACCAGCAUGUCCAAGGCAUAUCAGAGCACCUUCACAGGCGAGACUAACACCCCGUACAGCAAGCAGUUUGUGCACUCCAAGUCAUCUCAAUAUCGGCGGCUGCGCACUGAGUGGAAGAACAAUGUGUAUCUGGCUCGCUCCCGCAUCCAGGGCCUGGGGCUUUAUGCAGCCAAGGACCUAGAAAAGCACACAAUGGUCAUUGAAUACAUUGGCACCAUCAUUCGCAACGAGGUGGCCAACCGGCGGGAGAAAAUCUAUGAGGAGCAGAAUCGAGGCAUCUACAUGUUCCGGAUAAACAAUGAACAUGUGAUUGAUGCUACGUUGACCGGAGGCCCUGCCAGGUACAUUAACCAUUCCUGUGCCCCUAACUGUGUGGCGGAAGUUGUAACAUUUGACAAAGAGGAUAAAAUCAUCAUCAUCUCCAGCCGGCGAAUCCCCAAAGGAGAGGAGCUGACCUAUGACUAUCAGUUUGACUUUGAGGACGAUCAGCACAAGAUCCCCUGCCACUGUGGAGCCUGGAAUUGUCGGAAAUGGAUGAAUUAAAAAGCUUUGAGGCUACCAGGCAGGGGAGUCCCUCCACCCCCAACCUCUUCCCUGAAAGGGAUGAGAGGGAAGAGAGGUAGCGGCCAGAGCCAGGACCCAGGGCUGGGGCUGCCGGCUGACCGGAGCCCCUGGAGCAGGAGGCUGGGGCAGAGGGCCCUAGGCCAAGCCCACCCUGGGCACCAGGGAUAACCCUCUUCCCUGCCAUCGGCCCCCAGGCUUGCAUCUCUGCCCCCAGCUCCAGGAGGAGCCAGACAGAAGCAGCCAUUGGGCAUCUCAGGUUUGAGGGGGAUAUGGGCCGGGAACUACCCAGAAGCAUCUGGGAGGCAGCAGGGAGCGGGGAGGAGGAUGUGUGGCCGGGCCUCACAGCCCUGCUGCUCCCACUGACCUCUCCGGCCCAACUCAAGGCUGCAAAGAGACUUGACUAAGCUUGACAAUCCCAAAGGCCGGGUCUCACACCUGGCCCUGCCUGCCGGGUCCUGCCCCCCCCCCUCACCCCCCAUCCCCUUCCCUCUCAAUCUGUCUCUGUCUCCCUCGUAUCCUCUGUGUUUCUCUCUAUGGGUUUUGUUUCCUUGUUUUCCACUCUGACAAAUGCAACAUGAAUGGGAAAGAGGCGCCCAGCUGCCCAGAAGGGCAAGCCAGGCAAGCCGGGCAAGGAGACCCCACACCCACACCUACCUCAUUUAAGUGUUGGAUUUUUUGCUGUUUUGAAAUGUGAGACCCUCUCCAAGCCCCCUACUGCCCCAACCCUCUCCCCCACCUCACUGCCCUCUUCUGAGUGGGUGGAAGGGGGGUAGGAGGAGGAAGAAAACAACAACAACAAAAAAUCCAUCUUUGUUUUUAAUUCUGGGCAUGGGAUGGCGGCUGAGGCUAAUGAUGAUGAAGAUUGGGGAUGACUGGCCCCCUAGUUGCUCUAGGACUUCCUUCUCCAUCUGGACAUGGGGGUAGGAGGGAUGUGCUAAACCUAGGACCAGGAUAUUUCCCUCCUGUUUUCCCAACCCCAUCAUGAGCCCAUUUGCCCUCCAGCCCCUGGAUGGGGUGGGUGGGUGAUAGAGGUGAGGGCUAUCCCUGAGUGGCAUGCCCAUACCCAGUGAGGCGGGGUGUGGCCCAGAGCUCCCACUUUCCCUCAGUCACCAAACUGCUGCUGGUCUGGUGGGAAGAGGUGGUGAUGUGGGGGUGGGGAGCUUAG